GAUUUCCUCGAAUUUUCUGACCUAUUUUAUAGUCUUCCAACAUGUAAAAAAGAGCAAAAAAAAAAAAAAAAAUCUGAGAAAACGCGAGAAAAAUGUCUCCGACGGCAGCCAAACAAGCGGAACAACUCAGGCUAGAUGGCAACACUUACUUCAAGAAGGGUCGUUUCGCUGCCGCAAUCGAUGCUUAUACUGAGGCUAUUACAUUGUGCCCAAAUGUUCCUAUUUAUUGGACGAAUCGUGCCCUAGGCCAUCGGAAACGCAACAAUUGGACGAGAGUGGAGGAGGAUUGUAGAAGAGCUAUUCAACUCGACAGCAAUUCUGUCAAGGCCCACUACAUGUUAGGACUUGCAUUAUUACAGAGGGAAGAAUAUGCUGAAGGAGUGAAGGAACUCGAAAAGGCUUUGGAUCUUGGGAGAGGUGCAAACCCUAAAGGUUAUAUGGUAGAGGAGAUCUGGCAGGAACUUGCAAAAGCAAAAUACAUGGAGUGGGAGCACGAAUCUACCAAGCGCUCAUGGGAACUGCAAACUUUGAAGGAAGCCUGUGAGACUGCUCUUAAAGAAAAACAUCUAUUUGAUAGUUCUGAACUGGAAGGCUUCUUAGAUGAGAUUCCUAGAUCCAAUUUGGAACAGUUAGAGGCUCUAGACCGAGUGUUCAGAAUAGCUGCAGAAGCUGACAUGCCAACUGAUGUUCCGGACUACCUAUGCUGUAAAAUUACACUUGAUAUUUUCCGCGACCCUGUCAUUGCUCCAAGUGGGCUUACAUAUGAGAGAGAAGUGCUUCUUGACCAUCUGGAGAAGGUGGGCAAAUUUGAUCCAAUUACCCGAGAGCCACUUAGUCAAUCUCAGCUAGUAUCCAAUCUGGCCAUAAAGGAAGCAGUCCAAGCAUUUCUAGACGAGCAUGGAUGGGCUUAUAAAACAGAUUGAAACUCUGUUGCCUGACAGGGAAAUCGACAAUUUUUGUGGUAACUAAUUAUCAAUCUCUGAUCAAGGCUGAGUAUCUCUUUGCUUUGGUGUGUCGAUGGUCUUCUCAUCAUCUCCUUUAUAUGCAAAUUUGUGUCUUGCAAAGCCGGGAGUGUCUUACCUUGCCCCUUGGAAUUGUACAGGUAAAGUUGGUAUUGCAACAAGUUUAUAUUGUGCUGCUUGUACAGUUAUAUAUUGUACUGAAAGAUUGAUAUUGUUAACUCUUUCUAAUAGUUAAUCUAAACCUACCUGCUCUACUGCUUUCUUCGGUUCC